AUGUCUCAAGACUUCCCAAACUCGCCUGACAUUGCCGCUCCACCACGAAGCGGAGUAAUCGAUGGAAUUGAAGACAGUCUACUCAUGUCUCAAGAUUCUCCAGCUCUUGACGACAUGGCCGGUCCAUCACAAAGCGGAGUAAUUGAUGGAAUCGAGGACACUCUACUCAUGUCUCAAGAUUCCUCAGCUCCUGACGACAUGGCCGGUCCAUCACGAAGCGGAGUAAUUGAUGGAAUCGAGGACACUCAAAUCAUGUCUCAAAACAUGAGUGAAGAAAUGGAUUAUGUCGAGGACUCUCAGCUCAUGUCUCAAGGAUCAACAAGAAAGCGAGAUAAGAGAAAGAGAAAAAAAAUUGCUGAUUCGACUCGAGUUUCAGCAAAAAGACAACUCGAAAAUAAAGCAGAAAAAGCUCAAAGACUGCGAAACGAUGCUACACGUUCCGCUCUCCGUCGAUCGAAUGGAACCGAGAAAACCAAAGCGGGGGAGGCAAGGAGGGAUUCUGAAAGGAAGUCUUUAAGACGGUCCCUAGAAACAGCAGAAGAAAAAGAGAAACGGAAGCAAGUGGACAAACAAAAACACGCAGAAAAAAGGACCGAGGAGCCAGAUGAAGUGAAAAAGAAACGAGUACGCAUUGAAAAAGACAGACAAGCCGUCGCCAGAGCAACCGACGAUCUUACUCAAAAACUGUCUCGGAGAACUGCUGAUCGAGCAAGAAAAAGCAAAAAUACGACUGCAUUUCUCGGAAUCGCAGCUUCAGAUGACCGUCCAGACACUCAUUAUUGUGGCAGAAUGGAUAAAGAAUGUUCUUUCUGUGGGGCUCUCUAUUUCAAAUGCGAAACAACAACAAAAGGAGAGUUCACCGCGUGCUGUAUGUCCGGAGCCGUGAAAAUAGAACAGAAGGACAUUCCGCAUGCUCUCAAGAAGUUGUUUCUCGCCAACAAAGAUUUCAAAGAUCAGAACCUGUGGAAAGAAUCGAAAAACUUCAUCGAGAAUAUUCGGCAAUACAACAAUUCUCUUGCCAUGGCCUGCAUGAAAGCGGAUGUCCAGUUACCAUCUGGGGGACCGUACUGCUACCGUAUCCACAAACAAGUCUACCACUUGAUUGGGGAUCUGCAUCCUGGCGUCAGUCAACCACGAAACUUCGCUCAAGUCUUCAUAAUGGAUACGGAGCAAGCGGCUGCUGAGUUGGCUGGAAGAGAUAUGAAUUCUUCAUGUUCCAAAGAGUUAUUCGAUAAGUUGAUCUCUAUUCUGAAGGAAAGCCAUCCCCACGUACAGUCGUUUCAAAUGAUAUAUCAGGAAUCCACAGCCAACGAAGUUGCCGUCGUAUAUGUUGGAGAUUCAGAUGAGAUUCCGGGAAAGAGAGGAACCACAGUGUACCAACGGAGUGGCAAUAUCAAUUCCAUCGCGCUGAUUGACCCGAAUUGUGAUCCGAUGUGCUAUCCGCUUCUUUUCCCUACUGGACAGUUUGGAUGGAAUCCAGAGAUUUCGUAUACCAAACAGAGAGGAAAAAGGAAUAGAGUCACCAUGAGAGAAUUCUAUGCUUAUAAUCUUCAUGUUCGAACUUCUUUCUCUCCACUUUUCCGCUCGAGGAAGCUAUUCCAACAGUAUGUAGUAGAUGUGUGGACCCGAACUGAGCAAAACCAUUUGAACUUCAUUCGAAACAACCAAGCUUUGCUUCAUGUGGAAACACUUAGUGGAUUACAGGAUUAUGUCGUUGGAGAAGAAAAAGGGCCAGUUGGAAUGAGGAUCACGCUUCCAGCUUCCUUCACUGGAUCCCCGAGAGAUAUGAUUGCAAAAUAUCAGGAUUCAAUGGCAAUGGUGGCAAGACUGGGGAAACCAGAUUACUUUUUGACAAUGACAAGCAAUCCGAAAUGGUCGGAAAUCCAGGAAUGUCUGUUCCCUGGGCAGACUGCACUUGAUAGACCAGACCUCGUGGCACGUGUGUUCCAGCUCAAAAUCACCGAGAUCAGAGAAGAUCUUUUCAAGCGUCAUGUUCUUGGAAAAGUGCUAGCAUAUAUCUAUGUCAUUGAGUUCCAGAAACGUGGUCUCCCACAUAUGCAUAUGCUUAUAAUCAUGAAACCGGGAUCCAAACCGAGAACUGCAGCCGAUGUUGAUCGGAUCAUCUCUGCGGAAAUUCCAGACAAAGAUGAUAAUCCAGUUUUGCAUGAAUUGGUAACCACUCUCAUGAUGCAUCGUCCCUGUGGAGUCCAUAACCAAAAAUCUCCAUGCAUGCAGAAAAAUGGAUCAUGUGAUAAGAAAUUUCCAAAGGAAUUCCGUGACACCACGUCUACUGACAACGACGGUUUCUCAUUGUACAGAAGACGUGAUGAUGGGAGAUGUGUCGAGUACCAGAUCGAUGGACAAGUUGUUCCACUCACCAACCAAAAUGUGGUACCGUAUCCUCCAUGGUUCCUCACUAAAUACAGGUGCCACAUCAAUUUGGAAGUGUGUGGAGCCGUGUCAGCCGUCAAGUACAUAUUCAAGUACGUAUAUAAAGGUACAACAAGAGCAGCUGUCCUCAUCCGAGUUGUCGAUGGGAAACAGAUGGAAGUGGUUGAUGAAAUCAAGCAGUAUUUGGAUACUCGCUUUGUUUGUGCACCGGAAGCUGUCCACCAUUUGUUCAAAUUCCCGAUGUCCUACAGAAGUUGUAAUGUUCUUCAACUUGCUGUUCAUCUUCCGGAAGAUCAAAAUAUAAUUUUUCAACGUGGGGAUGAGGCACAGGCCGUUAACCGAGCUCAAUCCAAAAACACCAAGUUGACUGCAUGGUUUGCUAUCAACAAAAAGUGUGAAGAAGCAGUUCUACCGGAUGGAUCCUUUCCUCCAACUCUCAAGGAUUCUAGACAAUACUUCUACUAUGAGAUGCCAGAGCACUUCACAUUUAACACAAGUACAACUGCGUGGCAACCGAGAAAAACGAUGGAAACUUCUCUGGGAAGAAUGUAUUUUAUCUCGCCUAAAAAUCGGGAAAGAUAUGCUCUUCGACAACUUCUUCUGUACACCAAAGGUGCUACAAGCUUUGAUGACCUUCGUACGGUUCAAGGAAGGAGGUGGGACACAUUUGUAGAAGCUGCUCGAGCUUCUGGAUACCUCUCAGAUGACACGAUGUAUGAACAAACUCUCUCAGAGGCGGCUGGAUUCCACUCUGCUGCUCAACUUCGUGGAUUGUUCGUGAUGCUUCUACUUUUUGAGAACAUCAACAAUCCGGAAGAACUUUGGAAUAAAUUUCUCAAAGAUCUUUCUGAAGAUUUUGAGCAUCAGGGAUAUUCUCCGAAAGAAGCAGAAUCAUUGGCUUAUUAUGACAUGAAGGAUCGAAUGGAAGCUAUGAAUGGAGACAUUAAGCAGUGGAUCAAUAAAGACUAUCAGCCCGUGGCUUCAGCAACUCACUUUGUUGACUUGAGAGAAUGUGAGAAGAAAGGAGAAGAGAUGAGAUUGCUACUCAACGCUGAACAGUCUGAAGCCGUCGAGUCCAUUUUAGCUGCUCUCGAUUUGGGUGGUCUUUUCUUCAUUGAUGGCCCAGGCGGUAGUGGAAAGACAUUCGUUUACAACUGCUUGGCAAACAUCAUCAUGGGAAAAGGACUGACAAUUCUUCCGAUGGCAUGGGUUGGAAUUGCCGCAGCACUCCUUCCAAACGGCCGUACUGUGGCCUCAAUUUGCAAGUUGAACAUCAAUGACUUCUGCAAAUCGUCCACUCUCAAGCCCAACUCCUCAUUGGCAAAAGUCUUGGCUGCCGUAUCAAUGAUUCUGUGGGACGAGGCUCCGAUGUCUCCGAAAGCAGCUCUUGAAACUGUAGACAAGCUAUUCCGUGAGAUCACAGGGAUCGAUUUGCCAUUUGGAGGAAAAGUGGUGGUGUUAGGAGGUGACUUCCGACAAGUACUCCCAGUGGUGGAUAAUGGAAGAGCUGAAGAUCAAAUUGCCAACUGCAUUAAGAAGUCGUUCCUCUGGAAUCAAUUCCAAGUUUUCCAACUGAAGACCAACAUGAGAUUAACAGGAGAUGCCCUCGAAUGGAAGAAAGAGCUUCUGGAUAUUGGCGAUGGAAAAAUUGGAGCACCAGAGACCGGAGAAAUGCCAAUUCCAGAUGGAUUGGAGUCAAAUGGAGAUCUCGCAGAGGAAAUUUUUGGUGAUUUGUUGGCCUCGGGUGACGUCAAUAAGUUGGCAAAAGUAGCGAUUCUGACUCCACGUAACAAGGAAGCUCUAGAAGUCAACAAUUUAGUACUCGACAAGAUGGCCGGCGAACUUAAGUCCUACACUUCACUUGAUCAGAUUACUCAUAAAGAUGGAGGAGAGAUCAACGACAGUUUAAACUUCACCACUGAAUUCCUGAACCAAAUGACACCAUCUGGAAUGCCUCCACAUCUUCUUCGUCUCAAAAAAGGAGCAAUCGUGAUGCUCCUGAGGAAUUUGGACGUCAAGAACUCAUUGUGCAAUGGAACCAGAUUAGUUGUGCAUGAUAUGGGAGCAAGAGUUCUCCAGUGCAAGUUUAUCAAUGGACCACGACAAGGACAGAUGGUCUUUAUUCCUAAGAUCAAGCUGAACUACGAAAAGGGCCUGCCAUUCAUCAUGAGUCGUCUCCAGUUUCCAAUCCGUCUGUCCUUCGCCAUGACCAUCAACAAGUCCCAAGGGCAAACAUUCGAGAAGAUUGGAUUAAAGGUGGACGAGCCUAUUUUUUCACAUGGGCAACUCUAUGUUGCCCUGUCUAGAACCACCUCCAAAGACGGGAUCCGAAUCGAAUCCGCAUCUGGAAUAGUGAAUAACAUUGUCUACGAGGACGUUCUCCAGUAA